GCCCCCUCUUCGGUGAAUUCAAAGAGAAAUUCAAUUGGAGGAAACCCCUUCAGAACCAAACAGCCACAUUACCAGCGAAGAGCACCACCCCUUCAUCUGCAGCAAACUGGCACCCCCAAGAACGAACCACAACAAGGUGUCCCCCACUAUUACAACCCCUCGUCUUUUUGAGAUUGUCACUGCAUCAAGUAUCCACUCCCAAGCAAUUGAGUUAUUAGUUAGGGUAGCGUUCUUAGACUGCUCUUGUGGUACGGCAUUCAUAGAUCUCAAAAAGCAAACAGAGUUUGUGAAUUCUCGCACGAAGUGACUUGUUGCGACUGCCCAACGAAAAGAUACUAGAGGACUUAAGAUACGAUGAGCGCACUUGACGAGGAUUCCAAGCCCUCUGUUGUGGUACCUCCACCACCAGCCAUCAUGGGCGGUGGCUUGAGUGUGGUCGAUCACCAACCACCACCUCUUCAGCCUCCUGGAGCAGAGGCGGCCACCAUGCCUCUUGCGGUGCACCCGAACCAUGAAGCCACCGAAGUUGACGCUGACGAGACGGGUGAAGAUGGUCAGAAAGGAACUUACUCCCGCCGCUUCUUUCCAAGAGUGAAGCAACUGGUGAACCCCGAAUGGGAACACUUCUUGCAAUCGGUUCUGCACAGUGUUCAGGCCCACCAAGCUCAUCAAUCCUUGAAAGCAUCGGGGGUCGAGGACAAUGCCUGGUACCAAGUCUUCCAUUCAGUAUACGGUGGCAUCGCGGCAGACAGUUGCUCAGUGCCCCAAGGAAAGAAUCGUUAUCACAAGUUCAAGGACAAGAUUGUCGAGCUGUGGCGCUAUAUGGCGGUCACCGAUGCUCCUGAGCAUGACAUUAAUGGUCGCUUGUGGAAGAUGGGACGGACGCAGUGGGAAAUGUACAAGUCCUUGCUUGUGGUUGCAGGCAAAUCUCCAGUGGAAAUCACCAUGGAUGGUUCCUAUCCCAAAACUAUUCCUGGUGGCAAGAUCAAAACGCUAAAGAAAGGGCGCAAGGGGACACCCGUGACACGACAACAAACACCCAUUGUGCACUACGAACCUGCCCCCAAGAAGAACUAUCUUCCUUCACCACUCCAUGACUUGCACAUUGUUUGGAAGAUGACAGUGAAGCACAAUGAUCCUAUUGAGAUGGGAUACAUUCGAAAGGACUAUCAGAAUUGCAUCCGCAUGUUCAUAGAAGAAUGUCAUGGCGGCCCCGAAACACCCAACAAACUCUUGUGGCACUUGGAAGGGUUGAACGAGCUCCGUGACGUGGAACAAGAGGACGAGAUCAGAAAGCAAAUUGGGGACGCUUACAAGGCCGUGCUGCAACGGUACGUGGCAGCGCUGAACAAGAAGAAGGGUGGCAAGAUGAUCACUGUGAAAUAGUAGGAGAACACAUUCCAAAACGUUGUAGGGAGGAAGAGAUACCUUGCAAGACAGCUUUGGCAACUUGUAGUCUAAGUACUUUAGUAGUUUUAUCUGUAGAGCAGUU